AUGCCAGAUCCGCAGCCUCCCAACCCUAAAGACCUGAUGAAUCUAUUUGAACUCGUCAAAAAGUACAACAACUUCCAAAGCAGAGGCGAUGACUGGGAAUUUGGUUACUAUGUUGGAAAGGACUGGAAGAAACUGGGAGUUGUCACCGCUCGCCACGCCGAACUUCUACUAGGCUUGAAAGCGAAGUUGGCCAAGCACCUUUUGUUCGACAGGAUGAGCGCUGAACAGAGACCAUGUCAACGUAUUCGGGUACACGCGGACCAUUUGAAGGAUUCGGACGCAUUCGUUAAGGGAAUCAGAGACAUACGAGAUAUCCUUUGCCGAAGUGAGAAUCGACAUAGGGACAAGAAUUUCGGAGCCGUCUGGGAUGACGAGAAUGAGAUGUGGCCGCUGAGGCUGCACCUGUACGGUACUACCUGGCUGUCAACUGGUUUCUUCUGCGGCUUGAGCCCCGUCUUCGGUAUUGUUACUACUGGCGUUCAUCUAAAUGUCUACAAUGGUAAAAAGGAAGAUCCGAAAGCCUACUCAAUAUUCGUUGCAAAACGUUCCGACAAGAAGUCAACAUUUCGUGGCAUGUACGAUCAGUGCGCUGCUGGAGGCUAUCAGUACGCAGGUGGGGGUUUCGGCGAAGCUGGCGACAAGACUGCGGAAGAAUGUCUGAAACGGGAAGUGAAAGAAGAACUCACCAGUAGUCUACUGCGCCGGUGGCUCAAGGAUGUCAAGAAAGCCUCCCCGAUUCAGUAUGCUGUCCUGCGGGAUGAACGGUGGGGCGAAAACUUUCUUGGUGCCCCUGAACUCGGCGUCAAAAUUCCAUUCGAUCUGGAAGUAGAAGAAGACCCGAUUUUCAAGCCCAAUCCGAAAGAAGUCAAGUUAGUCGAGAAGAAGUCUGUCGACGAGAUUGUCAAAGAUCUUAUCAAUGGAGAAUUCAAGCCAAACUCCGCACUCGUUAUGAUCGAUUUCCUGAUCCGACACGGCUGUCUGGGAAAACCCUCACCUGGUGACGUUUUGGAUAAGAUGAGUGGAAUGCUCCAAGAGCACGCAAUUGUCAAUGGUCUUCCUCACUGGAGUGAUGAGCAAGAUCUCUGA